AUGAACAGAACAAUUCAUCUCGUCUCUUUUCGCAAUAUUUUAUCUCACCCAGCGCACUUUGCAAUUUCCAUCGGCAACAGACCCCAAACGAGGGACUCUGAUCCACGAUCGCCACGAGACUUUUCCGAUUGGUCAAGUUUAUUCGACCAAUAUCGUCGACUCCGUGGACACAGCGAUGACCAAAGAUUUAGCUCCCAGAGGCAACAUUGA